AACAAUCCUAAUAAGUGUUAUAAUUUUUCUUUCUCUGUGUCGUUCAAGAUCAAUCUACCACUAUGUCUCUUCUUCUUAUUUGUCUUCUCAUAUGUUUUUCUUUGCAUGCAUGCAACGCUCGCUACAUAGGCCUCAGUGCCAAGGAAACUCGGACACAAGACUUCACCAAGGAUGUGCUUAGAGUGAAUCUUUAUGAGACUUCAGUUUCAUCAGAAAUGAACUCUCCAAUUCCAGAGGAAUUUCAGGCACAACGAGAAGAAGUUGGUGAGAUAGACAGGAGGAGGAGGAUCCCUGAAAAUUCACUUGGUGCAACAACUAAGCCGAAGAAUGUAGAGACCCUUCCUAAGGAAGAAGAAGGCACAAAAAAAAAGCCUUCAGGUGCAGGACAUAAGCUUAUCGUAUCUUCUCAAAGAAAUUUGCAACAGACUGCUAAAAUAGAGGGUUUGAAGAAGCAAGCGCGUAGUUACAAUAAAAAAGCUUUAGAAUCCGGCGAAAAUGACAUUGUGGAGGAUGUGGUGGUCAUGGAUUAUGCACAGCCCCAUCGGAAACCACCUAUCCACAAUGAAAAACCCUAGAAUCAAUAUUUUCUUACUUGUAAUAUCUUGUUUUAUUACGUUAUCCUACCCCCUCAAGUUCUUUUUAUGAGAUGUUUCCUUAGAAGGCAUACGAUAAGGUAAAGAAAACAGUUGGUUUCAAGAUCAGUUAUCGCCUAGCUAGUUAUUAUUGUCGGUAAUAGUACGAAUGGGGACCCUAAACCAACACUAGAGAUUUCACGAUAAUAUCUCUACGUGUUGGUUCUUUUGCUUUAGAAAAGUUCGUAAAUUGUCUUGUUAUUACACAAGAGAGUUGGCCGUAUAGGAAGAUGGACGAUAGCCCCCAUUCGCUGUAUUGAAGCAUACAUAUUAAUGAGAGUGAAUAAAGGGGAACACUUAGACGUUGAUGUUUGC